UAAAACCUAACAUCCAGGUCAUAUAUUUCCAUUUCCAUUUCUAUUUUAUUUUCUAUCCAUAAAUAGAUAUACGAGCAUGAAUUUGUUUUGUACUCUUGUGGGUUUGGUAUGUGCUUAGUUAGAAAAAUAAUCCAAGUUGAAAACACAUAGAUCUACUGGAAAAGUAGAGGACUGAACUCCGGCGAGAGUUUAUGUACGCGAUUUUUGUAGAUAUUAGUGAUUGGAUUGCUUUUAGAGAUAAAAUCUGAUUGAUUAGAUCAGAAGAAUUAUGGGUUUCUGUAAUUUCAAGUGUUGUGUGAUUCUGGCUGUGUUUUUCCCCCUCUUCGGGAGCCUCUCUGCGUCUAAUUUCAUUUCAGAUUCUGUUUUUGGAUCAUCGAGUUCAACUGGAAGGAACCUCCUUCAGGCUAAGAAGUCUUGCCCAGUUAACUUUGAGUUCCAGAACUACACUAUCCUCACCAGCAAAUGCAAGGGACCACUCUACCUUCCCAACCUCUGUUGUCCUGCUCUCAAAGAUUUUGCUUGUCCGUUUGUUGAUGAUGUAAACGAUUUAUCAACUGAUUGUGCCUCGACCAUGUUCAGCUACAUUAACCUCUAUGGGAAGUAUCCACCGGGUCUAUUUUCUAGCGAGUGCCGGGAAGGGAAGCUUGGACUCGAAUGCCCUGCACUGCCACCAUCAGCAUCACGAUCAGAUAAAUCUAAGGGCUGUAGAAUAGUAAGUAAACCAUUCACAGGGAUGAUUCUUGUAGCAGCCUUUCUUGUGUUGCUGCAAUAUAUGGGAAGUUAAAUUUGAAAAGAUAGGUUUUCAGUUCGAUGUAUUGCUGUAGUUCCUUUUUUCACACUAUGUUAAGAAUACUUAAAACAUUCCCUUUGUUGUUUGAUAUUCUCUAGUUAAUCAAAUGAGUUCCUUAUGUAA